CUCUACUGGUAUGUCAAAAAAGCCUUAUUGUCCAGACCUUCGUUUGUCCACAUGUCAAAUCAAGAAGGUUGGAAUUGGAGGCCCCCUUAUUAGUUUGCAUACAGGCAUUUUCUUUGGCAUGAACUUUUAUGAUGAAAGUGGAACAACUCCUUUUCUGCCAAGGAAGGAGAUUCUAACAGUUUUGAUGGAGGGGUUUGAUCUGUUAGAGAGUUCUACUUUGGUCGGUCGUCCCAUAAAGAUGGAUUUGUCUUCCAAGACCCUAAAGAGAAAGAGAAACCAGUGGCCUGUGUCCAAGCCAUAUUGGUUUCUUGGUGGUGAAGAUCAUCCUGUAGACCAUCUUGUUGGGAAAGUUCUCAUGUAGAGGUGAAGCUGCUGCUGGAAUGCUCUCAGAUGUGCAAGUAUCUACUACCUCCAUACCGGAUUAAUGGGCAAGAUGUGCAAGUAUCUACUACCUCCAUACCGGAUUAAUUGGAAAUUACGCACUUCGAGAAACAAA